CUGCGUUCCUCGAUUCUAACAUCACGUCCCCCCGAGAAUAUCCUGAUCAGUAUCUCCAAACGAACAUUAGCCAGCAUGCCGAAAGCAGAUUCACCCACAGGCUUCAAGCAGCUUCAAAAUACUGCCCUCUUUACACCCUUCAAGUUAGGGCCCAUUCAGCUUGAGCACAGAAUCGUACAGGCCCCUCUUACGCGCAUGCGAGCGACCAAGGAGAGCGAAGGUGUCACAGUUCCCAAUGACUUGAACGUUGAAUACUUCAGCCAGCGCGCAAGCAAAGGUGGCCUGCAGCUAACUGAGGCGACUGAAAUCGCGAAAUUUGCUGGUGGCUACCCUGGCGCACCCGGUAUCUUCUCAGACUCCCAAAUUGCAGGAUGGAAGCAGGUCACAGAUGCUGUGCACGCAAAGGGCGGGUACAUCUUCUGCCAGCUGUGGCACACAGGACGCGCCUCGCCUCCAUCUUUCCGCAGCGGACAACAACCUGUCAGCUCAAGUGACAUUCCCAUGGACGGCAGCUGGGCAGAUGGCACAGUAUGCGCAGAGCACCCACCACGUGCGCUGACCGUCGAAGAAAUCCAACAAAUUGUCAAGGACUUCGGAUCCGCCGCAAAGAAGGCACGUGAGGCUGGUUUCGAUGGAAUCGAGAUUCAUGGAGCGAACGGUUACCUCCUUGAUCAGUUCUUACAUGACAAUGUCAACAACAGAACAGACCAGUACGGUGGCUCAGUCGAGAACAGGACAAGGCUACCUCUCGAGGUCAUCGAGGAGUGCUCCAAGGCCAUUGGUGCAGACCGCGUUGGUAUCCGUCUUAGCCCGUACAAUUACUUCCAAUCGACCAAGGACAGUAAUCCCAACAAGCACUGGGAGUAUCUUUGCGAGAAGAUUGCGACAUUGCCUCAGGAUGUUAGGCCCGUAUACGUACACAUGGUCGAGCCACGUUUCGACGAGGUGCUCGACGAACAGGCCAAAAUGGACGCUCUCUCAGCCUACACCUCGAGCGGCGGCAAGGGUGUCGAAGCCGAGGCUACAGUCAAGGUCAAGGGCAACACCCUCAUCAACUUCCGCAACACCCUGAAGAAGGGUGGCGUAAAAUUUAUUGCAGCUGGUGGCUUCAAUCGUGAUAACGCAGCACCUAAGAUCGAGUCUGGCGACGCAGAUCUUAUCAUCUUCGGUCGCUGGUUCAUUGCAAACCCAGAUCUGCCGAAGAGGUUGGCUGAGGGUCUCGAGCUGAAUCAGUAUGACCGUAGUACCUUCUACGGUGGCAAUGCAAAGGGGUAUACAGAUUACCCUUUCUACGGACAGAACGUCUCUGCCUGACUCAGUACAAGGCUGUGGGGAGUACACUGCACUGCUGGCGUUCAGAUUGAAAGAAGGUACGGGCCAGCACCGAUUAUAUAGAGUUGCAAUUGCGAAUAGCAUGAAC